AUGUGUGGCUCAUGUGCAAAUGAAAAUGCGCUCAAAGCAAUUUUUGCUUGGCAUGCAAAUAAGAAGCGUGAUGGAAAACCAUUUAGCACAGAAGAUCUGAAAUCAUCAAUGUAUAAUAAAGCACCAGGGUGUCCAACUGUUUCAAUAAUGUCAUUUAAAGGAGGAUUUCACGGACGAACACUUGGUGUCCUGUCUUGUACUCAUUCUAUGCCGAUUCAUAAAGUUGAUUUUCCAAGCUUUGACUGGCCGAUAGCAUCUUUUCCAAGAUACAAAUAUCCAUUGAAGGAAAACGAACGAGAAAACCAAAAAGAAGAUGAGCGAUGUCUAGCUCAUAUCGAAGAAUUGUUUCAUGAAUAUGAAUCAAAACAGAAACCAGUAGUUGGUGUUUUAGUCGAACCCAUUCAAAGUGAAGGCGGUGAUGUUCAUGGAAGUCCCAGUUUUUUUCAAAAACUUCAAAAGAUUACUAAACAGAAUAAUGCAGCAUUAGUUAUUGAUGAAGUGCAGACAGGUCUUGGUGCAACAGGAAAAUUUUGGGCGCACGAACAUUUUAGUUUACCUGACUCACCUGAUAUAGUUACAUACGCAAAAAAAUUUCAAACAGCUGGUUAUUUCGCUAAAGCCGAGUUUCAACCAAAACAGCCUUACCGCAUAUUUAAUACUUGGAUGGGAGAAACAGCAAAAUUGUUAGUACUUGAUGCUAUUUUAAAAACUGUGAAUCAAGAAAAUUUACUUGAAAAUGUGAGAAAGACUGGCAAUAUUCUAUUAAAUGGCUUAAAACAUUUAAGUGAGCAGUAUCCACAAUUAAUUCUUAAUGUUCGUGGACGUGGAACAUUUUGCGCGUUUGAUAUGCCAAAUACAACAAUCCGCGAUAAGUUUCUGGUUCAAAUGAGGAAUACUGGUAUUCAAAUGGGAGGAUGUGGCACGGUAACUGUACGCUUUCGUCCCGCAUUAAUUUUUGCUGAAAAACAUGUCAAUAUUGUUCUUGAUAAAUUAUUUCAAGUAGCUAAGAAUUAUUAA